AUGGCACAAUCUUGGGUGAUGAACACUCAGGCACGUAGCAUUGGUAGCGAAGCGAUGGCUACAGCCGUUGAUAACAAAAGGAGGAUCAUGAGCUCAUCUCUUUUUGGCGAUGAUGCACCAAGGUAUCAACCAACGUCUUAUGAAACAACGCAGCAACCUCGCACUAUAAAUAGACCCACUGCAGAAACAUAUGCAGAACAGCCUUCGAAUCAAAUAAAUGUUACAAUUCCAACAUACUCUAAUUCCUCCCAGCCAAUGAAUCAAAUACCUGAUUUUGUUCCAAUGGCAUACACGCAACCACCAGAAAUAAUCACCAAUUUCAGAUCCAGGACUCAGCCAAGGAAUUAUUGUGGGCGCCGAUUAGAUGUUUUGCCUAAUGAUGAGAUGCAAAAGAUUCGAGACUCGUUGAUUACGGACACCACAAAUAUUUCAAAACGGCUUCGCCAAAUUGGUCAAAAUUGA